AUGAUCCGCGAAUCUUCUUCUGGUGUUGCCGAGGGGUCACAUAUCUUCAAACGCGGCCGUUACUGGUAUCUGUUCACAGCAGAAGGCGGUACUGAAAGUGGCCAUAGCGAAUGGGUGAACCGCAGUGAGGUCAGUCCAUUAGGACCGUGGGAGCUCGGGCCGAAUAACCCGCUCUGGCGCAAUGGCGUUGAAGACGAAGUGCAAAAUACGGGACAUGCCGAUCUGGUUGAGGACACCAAAGGGCAAUGGUGGGCAGUUGUUCUCGGUGUUCGUCCCUCAAGAAAAGGAGAUAGGUGGGAAGACUCAGUGUUAGGACGAGAGACAUUUCUAGUCCCUUUGGAUUGGAAAGACGACUGGCCAGUGAUCAAUGGAGGACAGAAAAUCAGUCUCGACUCCCAUGGACCUGGUCUUUAUAAAUUUAAUACUCCGGUUUUCUGGAGAGAUGAGUUUUCGGAACCGCAAAUGCAAGUUGGAUGGUAUCGAAAAAACACGCCCUUCGUAAAUGACUACUCACUUACUGAGCGCCCCAACUACCUUCGCCUCCAUGGUGGACCUUAUAACCUUUCAGUGCCGGCCAGUCCAACCAUGCUUCUUCGCAAGCAAACCCACCUCGUCUGCAGGUGGGAGACAAGCCUCUCCUUUCAGCCGACGGUAGGUGAAACGGAGGCUGGCACUGUGGUAUGGUUAAAUUAUUUUACGUAUAGCAGUAUCGGUAUCAGGAAGGAUAGCAAGGGCCGUUUCAUUCGUUUUCGACCAUCAAAUGGCGAUAUCGUGGAGCGUAGAUUGGAUACAGAAUCUGCUGUCACUCUCAUAGUUGACUGUGGUAGCGAGUAUCGAUUUGGGUAUCUUGAGGGGAUAGAAUCUGACAUCCACUGGAUUGGGUCAGUCUCUAAUAGUGCUGCUACGGCAGUACCUCCAGUUGGGGCCAACUUUACUGGCAUGAUGCUGGGUCUAUAUGCGUUUGGAGAGCGUCAGCGAUGCCUGGCCCCGGCUGAUUUUUCGUAUGCAGAGUUUAGAUAA